AUGUCCUAUCAGUACCCUCCUCCGCCGCCCCCGAACGGCGCCGAGAUGGACAUGCCGCACACCGGGUACCUGCCGAACUAUAACGUGCCGCCACCAACAAGCUCGUCGAUGGAAAUGAGACCACCAAACGCACCCGAACACGUCCCCAUGGGAAUGCCUGGCGAGAAGCGAAGAAACAAGCUGGGUUAUCAUCGGACCUCAGUUGCAUGCGACCAGCAGCCGCCGACAGAUGUGCGAUCAAAGGCCUCUUCCAGGGCAUCAACCGGGCCGAAGAUCGCAUCCGCAUCCUCGUCGCCCGCGAUCUCUAGCGGCCAUCCUACCGCCGAAAUACCCCCCCACCAGCCAUACCCGCCGAUCCAGAAUAUGGCACCCCCUGCUAUGAAGCCCACGGGAAAUGAGCCGUUCUCGCCGGAUGGAAAGAUGCCUGCGAGUGCUCCUGCUACAGGGCGGCCCUUUGAUUUUUCAACCCAGCCAAUGACAAACUGGAUGUCGGCGGAGCAAAGCCCGGGUUCGACGGCCAAACCGAACGAUCUGAAUGCGACGUGGAGAGCGUACCCUCAUGAAUCGCCCAUCACGCCUUCAUUCUCCCCAUAUACACCUCAUGCGCCCACUUCGGCUGGUUGGAAUGCCCCAGUAAGCGCAGAGUCAGCGCCCCGGGAAGACAUCCCCUGGUCAUCGUAUCCUCCGCCGCCACCGCGUUCGAUGUCAUUUGGAGGCGAGGGAAUGAGCACGCAGACACCAGGCCAGUAUUCGUCCAUGGCGAAUAGACAGUACGAAAGAAAGCCAUCCUCAAUAUCAUCAGAAAUAUACCCUCCUCCGCUGGCGACGUCCCUACCAGGAGUCGAAACGACGCAAACAGGAACAGCUAUGGAACAUAACGUAGCCUUGUCGGCCGGUGCUGUUCCUCCUCCCGGCUACGGAAAUUGGCAGCCCCAAUAUCCCUAUGGGAAGCCCGGUGAUGCCUAUGGAGGCUGGGGAUAUGGUGAAAAUGGCUCGAAUGCGCCUGUUGCGACCGAAGAACAGGUUCACGCUCCAGAGAGUCACCAAGCCCCGGGAAGUAUGUACUACCCUCCCCGAUGA